UUUUACUUUGAUUUAUCCAGCAGCAGUGGAUUUAUCCGGAUUACCUCCAGCGAAUUCUAGCGACGACAUCUUGAGAUGGGUGUCCACGGCGUACCAGCACAAGGCAUGGAGUGCUUGGCCACGAUGGAAGACAUCACAAGCGAAACGUAUGUAGAGUACCAGACGUUCCCGAGUCUGCAGUGGCAUCCCUGCCAGUUUAGUGCUGAAGUCGUGACCCAAUUGCAAGAAGCUCAGUUCCCUGCGUUCAUGAAAGGUGUCCAAGAGCCCGAUUGCAAGGCCGAGUUGCGGCGUUUGUUGGCCAAAGGGCCUCCUAUCUGGGUCGAAGACAAGUACGGGUUUCCACUGCCUGACAACGGUGACACGCACGUCGUUGCGUUGUGGUUCAGCAGCACAAACGAAGAGAAGAGUGCGAAAUUACAUGGGGCCGUCGAAGGUGACGAGAGAGAAAAGCUGUGGUCGGAACUGAAGGAGCUGUUGCAGGCCAUGGAAGACGACAAGGAGGAAGUUCGAGACUGAGUCCGACCAAGUAGAACAUAUUUGGUACUUGGACGAUUGAAUAAAUCCAUGUCACUUGCAA